ACCAUCAAGACCAAGCGCACCAUCCAGUUUGUGGACUGGUGCCCCACUGGUUUCAAGGUUGGCAUCAACUACCAGCCGCCCACUGUGGUGCCCGGCGGAGACCUGGCCAAGGUCCAGAGGGCUGUGUGCAUGCUGAGCAACACCACUGCUAUUGCAGAGGCCUGGGCUCGGCUUGACCACAAGUUUGACCUGAUGUACGCUAAGCGUGCGUUCGUUCACUGGUACGUGGGUGAGGGAAUGGAGGAGGGAGAGUUCUCCGAGGCCAGAGAGGACAUGGCAGCUCUGGAGAAGGAUUAUGAGGAGGUCGGAGUUGACUCUAUUGAGGGUGAGGGAGAGGAGGAAGGAGAGGAAUAUUAAAAAGGGACAUGAAGGCACUAAACAGGAAAUAAUUGAUUCCAUUCAUUCUUAAAUACAUUCCAAAAAGAAAUGUUUUUCUACUAAUUUGGCAUUUAAGAACAAAACUCCAGAAAAUGUUGAGUCCAGAUGUUCAGUUCUUGUUAUAGGAAGGCCAUAGGCGUCAUUACCAGGUUGUAUGCUGGAGGUAGGAAGGAGUUCAUUCUUUGGAGGGUGAGGAAGAGGAGUAUUAAAGGAGACAUAAAGCACUAGUGAAACAUGAAAGUUUCUUAGUAUUUGUUCUCGCGGGCAUUCCAAGAA